AUGACCCCAAUACCAAGAAGAUACCGGUCAUCCACCUCGGCCUCGAACCCACCACAGACAAAGUCCUUCGAAAUCCUAAAGGGCUUACUCGAAGCUCUGAGCAUUGAUACGACCCUCCACCAACAAGACGGAUUCCCUCAAAUACCGCCAUUAUUACGAAAACUCCGACAUAUUAUCCAACACAUCUCUGCGACACACUCGCCCGUCCAUCAAGAUGACUUCCGACAUGCAGAUGGCUUCCAAACUAUCCUCAACCUGCUGCGAGCCUUCUCAGGCUAUUAUAACCCCGAUAAGCGAAGCGAUGCGGACAUGCUUGCUCUGUUUAAGCUGCUAGGAGACUGCCUCAACCUAUUUUCGGCGGCCCUUCACGGACAUUCGGGAAACCGACGAUUUUUCCGGUAUAGAGUCGAUGGCGGCGGCUGGGAGGCUCUGGAGCAGGUCAUCGCAAGCAUCGGCCUCGGUGGUGCUGAACCUGAUGCCUGGAUAAGCUGUCACUUAUUUGGCAAGCUACUCGCUUUUGCCCUUGACGACGAGGCAUUCGAUCUACUCUGCCAAUCCAUCGCGAAAUCAUUACGGCCCGAUGACGAAGAUUCACCCAAAGACGAAGAUGACGAUAGUGCUGAGGAGCAAUGGGAUCUGGUAUUGGCCAAAUCUGCUGAAAAUAUUACACCGGGUGUGCGGGAGGUUGUGAAUGCCAAAACUAUAAUACGGCAUCCUGAAAUUCUGAGAGCAGUUGUUAGCUUUUGGAUGGCUAUUCCUCGAAUGAAAGAUGGCCUCGCAAACCCGGCCUCUCUACUUGUCCUAGAGACGAUUCAAUGUGCUGUCACUGUGUCUAUUUUUAACCGGGCUGCAGUCCACUCAACUGGUGCUCUAUCACAGUUCCUUCGGGUUGCAUUCAAUGCUGAUUCGGCCCUCAGCCCGCCUGAGCGGGAGAAGGUAUUGGGCAUUUGCAAAAUACUCAUGUUUCUGGGCGUGAACGAGCCUGCCGACACGCAAUUCCUCCUAUCAACUCCUGGUUCUGAAGCAUCCGAGUUUUGUUUACAGAUGACAUCCAAGCACUCAGGCCCUCCUUUCUUCCAAUUCGAUCUGUCAUUGCACGGCCACUCAUCACUCGAAUUAUCUAGUCUUGGCCGCUCGUUCCCUCCACAGUCUAGUGCAGGAUACACAUUCACAGCCUGGAUUCGAGUAGACAGCUUUGACCCUACUGCACAUACAACAAUAUUUGGUGUCUUUGAUUCCACACAAUCAUGUUUCCUGCUCAUGUAUCUUGAAAGGGACACCCACAACUUUAUCCUUCAAACCUCUGUUACUUCCAACAAGCCUAGUGUGCGCUUCAAGUCUGUUUCGUUCAAGGAAAAGAAAUGGUAUCACAUCGCCAUUGUGCAUCGCCGACCAAAGACAAUGGUCACUAGCAAGGCGUCCCUUUACGUUGAUGGUGAAUUCUCAGAACAAAUUCGCUGUAACUAUCCUCAUCUACCGCCCCUGUCAACUGGUGCAAAUGAUAGUUUUGCCUCGUUCAAUUCGAACCAGAACAAAACCAACCCAGUACAGGCUUUCAUCGGCACACCGAAAGACCUCUCCAACCAAAUAGGACCUGGCCUGGUUUUCUCGCGAUGGUCACUUGCAUCUGCACAUCUGUUCGAAGAUGCUCUAAGUGAUGACUAUUUGGCAGUUCACUUCGGUCUUGGCCCACGUUAUCAAGGCAACUUUCAGGAUAGCUUAGGAGGUUUUCAAACCUAUGAGGCGUCAGCAACCCUGGGACUUCGAAACGAGAUCGCGCAUUCUGGAAAGGGUGAGACCUCAGACAUCAUAAGAGCUGUCCGCGAAAAAGCUGGCUCGCUACUCCCAGAAUCAAAGAUACUCCUCAGUAUUCUACCUUCAGCCACGUUCCCAGAAAAUGUACAAUUUUACGACACGGGGCUUUUGCGUUCACUUCCCCGAAGUUGUUCUCGCAAUCUCUUUAGGGCAUCAAACCAAGAAGGCGCACCACUAGCUAUCAACUGUGCUGUCCCUAGUCUCACAGACUCUUUGUUCCGAGUUCAAGGCCUCCUGUCGUUCCGUGGUAGUCCCAUUGUCGCCGUGCCAUCAUAUCUGGAUGAGAACCUAUGGCGUCUUGCUGGAUUUACCCCGCUGGCCCUGAAACUAUUUGAGAGAGCAUCGUCAAUUGACGAGACAGUGAGAGCGGCGGAAAUGUUGUUUUACUGCAUUCGUCAGAGCUGGAGGAAUAGUGAAGCGAUCGAAAAGGACAACGGAUACGGCAUCUUGGCUAUGCUUCUACGUGUGAAGCUGGGAUAUGAUCGCGGCAGCAGCGAUUCUGCCGUUACCCGACUUCAAGUCUCAAAUGAGGACCGCGAUCGACUGGCUUUUCAACUCCUUAGCUUGAUACUUGGGUUCGUUGGAUACAACCAUACAGAACCCAUGGAGUCAUUCAUCAUCAAUCCUCUUGCUUAUCGCAUCUUGCUCAUCGAUCUAGACAUUUGGCGCAAAUCAGCACCUCGGAUUCAAGAGCUUUACUAUAAGCAGUUUGUUACAUUCGCGGUCAAGAGCAAAUACCACGAGUUCAAUAGUAGGAGAUUGAUAAGGAUGAGAAUCGUUAAAAGGCUUCUAGAUGCCAUGAAAGGCGAAGUCGUCUCGGAAGAUACGAUAUCACAUUUCAUGGGCGCCUUUGAAGUUCUUGUUUCGUCCAACUUCAGCCAAGAGGUCAUGAGGUCCCUAUCACUUUUCAUAACAUACGCCUUUCACUCUCAGCCCAUAUCUCGACCACGAACCCCACGAGCUCUUUCGAUCGUGUCCAGAACUGGCACUCCACUUCCACGACGUAGGGGAACACCGACUGACCCUACGGUAGCUGCGGCUGCCUCUGGUUUGAAGUUUUUGACCAAGAAGCAGCUUGGUGUCAAGGUCCUCAGCAUGUACUCACGAAUCUUGUGCGAGAAGGGUAACACGACUCACAUCAAGAAGUUUGCCAGAACCGUGACGAACAAGUGGCUGCUUUACCUUCUGGCUGAGGACGAUCCGGAAGUCGUUGUUCAUGGCUGCAAGAUCCUUGCACGCUUGCUCGUUACCCAUGGCCCUAGCUAUACCUCAAAGUUUGCCGGCAAGUCAGGAGGGUUUGUCAUCAUGUCAAACCGACUGAAGAGAUUUUGGGAUAUGCCCACACUCUGGCCUAUCUGUUUCAGUAUUUUGUUCGGAUACGACGUCGCCGAGAUCAAUUUUGAUAGAAACUUUGACUUCUUCAGCCUUUUGGAGACCUUCGGCAAGCGCAAAGUUCUUUACCCAGAUUCUUUGUCCGUCAUCACCGCAAUGCUGAAGCAUGGUUUGAAGGAUGUGACGAGACAUCAAGACGACCCCGACUCGCCAGCAACACACAUCGAUCCUUCGUACGCUCUUAAGAAGCAUGCGUCUACGACGGAUUUACGGCCACGAGCAAGCUCUAUGAACUUAGUUACUGCUCUUGAGACACGAUCGAACUUCUCACGCGACAGUGAACGAGUCGCAAGUUACGCUGGUGUCCUACAUACCGUCAUCCGGUUCCUUCUGGACUUGCAUGAUCGUUCAACGGAAUUCAGAGACUUCGCUUUGACCUCAGAGUGGGUGAGACUACUUCUCUCAGUACUCUACCCAGUCAUCGUUAGUGCCGAUGCUGUUGCACCAGAAACCGAGUUGAACUCCGGCGAUACGGCUUUGACGUUUGAGGGAACAGACGUUAUAAUUCGUCCGAUCGGUGGUAGUGGUUCACAUGCCACGCCCAUUGUGCGAACUACUAGCGUAGACCCAGUUCCAUCGCCUCAGUCAACACCACCUAAGGGGACACCGCUAAGACGAGCAUCAUCGUUCAUUCUUCUUACACAGCAAAAGUCACCAGUAGGACCCAGUCCAGCCCGUUUGAACCCUGCACUACCACCCCUGAGAUCGACACCGAGCAAGAAGCCAAGCAGCGAUAUCCUGGAUGGAUUGUUAGAGUUGGUAGUGAACGUUUUCAUGGACCAACUUCUUUCACGAAAGGACUUUCCCGGUUUUGGCUUGUUCACCAAGGUCCCCCCUGGCUUCCGUGAACAUCAAGCUUAUUUUGAGUCUUAUAUCUUAAAGCAUGUGAUUUCACAUCUCACAAACAAUGUUCAACUCAACCAAAAAGCGAUUUGUGAGCCUCGUGUACUUACUAACCUCUCAAGAUUCUGUCAACAUAUUUCGGAAGCCAUCUUUGAGGGGUGGUUCAUGAAUGGGGCUGAAGUAAUGAUUGACUUCAUUGGCAUGCUGCUCGAAUUCUUACAACGGCCGGACAUAUCUGCCCUCAAGAGUGUCCGACUUUGUAGCCAGGCUGUCGCUACAGUGCGAAGCUGUCUACUGAGGAUUAUCUUGUUGAGGCUGUCGGAUCUUGAUAACCAAGAGACCACGUUGGUAGAGGCCAAACAAUUCAUGGAAAAAAUGGCGUACUGGCAAAUGUCAAUUCUUGGUUCUUUCACUCAUGAGGAUGAGUUCCUCAAGCUCUUCUGGUAUCAACUCUACACAAAGCUGAUAAGCGACAAGAUGCCUCUUCGGAUUGCCGCAGCCAACUUCUUACGAAUUAUCCUGGUACAGAAGCCAGAGGAAUCUGCAGCGUUAAUCCGCUCAUGCAUGUCUCCAGACCAGAAACAGCUCUCAGCAGACUUCCAGAAGCUGACAGGCGUGGAUAACGAAACAUUUGUUGACUGGGUUGACAAACACCGACCCUCUUUGGAUGUACUGUUCUUUGGGGGUAUGUCCAAGACGUGGGAAGACUUUGUCAGUUUGGAAAAUGUCCGUACCGCAGAGACAGCCAAAGUUCGCGUGGCUAAACGCAAAGAUAAACUUAGAUUGUGGCAUGCGGAGAACAUCAACACAGAGAAGAUCCUUCUCAGCCAUGAUAUCGGUAACAGCGCAUGGAUGAAGAGUAUUUACAAUUCUGAGUAUUUCAAGUAUCAGCGGAUCAUGCAAGAUCAGCAGGAUGAUCUUGUGUUUUUGUCCGCAGCUUACAACAAAAUGGAGAGGGACCUUAUGCGCCCUGGAGCGGUAUUUAGCGAGGCAGCACCUCCCAAGUGGAAGCUUGAUCGCACAGAAGGACGAAACCGUAUGAGACUCAGGGUUCUUCCAGAUUUUACAACAAGUAAGGACGAAUACCAACCAAAGAGGAAGGCGAGCGAGGUUUUGCAGCCUUCAAAGAUCAACACAUCAGCCAGCCCCGCACCUUCAAUUCCGACAUCUGCAGUAACGCCAACAAAGUCAAACAUUCUUCCAGCAUUGGAUAGCACCAUUGAACAGCCUCAAUUUACAGAUGAGCCUGAAUCCACCGAGCCAAUGGAGCAGACCAACUCUGGUGUUUCGCCUGAGGACGACUUUGAACUUGUUGACGACCCCAACGACCCCAACGAAGGUGAUGAAGGGUUUGAGGACAAGAACCGCAAGGUGAUGCGACGGCUAGAGCGUGGCGACCAAGUACAAUCGGCGUACAACGUCUCGCGCAUCAUCGGUCUGGAAGCAUGCGAGGGAAUCCUUAUUAUCGGAAAGGAGGCGCUUUACAUCAUGGAUAACGUGUUUCAAUGUGCUAACGGUGACAUUGUUAACGUCUGGCAAGCUCCGCCCGAGGAGCGUGACCCUUUCUCUCAGAUCGUCACUGAUGCCAAGACAUCCGAAAAACGACAGAACAACAAAGAGCAAGAAUCAAGACACUGGCGAUGGCAGGAUGUUAUUAGUAUCUCUAAACGUCGGUUCUUGUUCCGAGAUGUUGCUAUCGAAGUAUUCUUUACGGAUGGUCGAAGCUACCUCUUAACUACGAUCAACCCAUCAGUACGAGAUAAUCUGUUCACGAAGAUGCUCAGUAAAGCACCCCACACAAGCGGUGCCAACACCCUACCCAACCCGGAAGAUGCAUGGCGCUUAGAGUCUCUGAAGGCCUCCGACGAAUCUCCUCAGGGAUUUGGAUCCAAGUUCGGCACCUUCUUCAACUCCUCGCCCUGGAACCCUGUCCUCAAAAAGUGGCAAAAGGGCGAGAUCUCUAACUUUCAUUAUCUCAUGAUGGUUAAUACCAUGGCUGGUAGGACCUUCAACGAUUUGACCCAGUACCCUGUGUUCCCUUGGGUUCUGGCAGAUUACACUAGUGAGGAUCUAGAUCUUGACGACCCCAAUACCUUCCGAGACCUGUCCAAGCCAAUGGGUGCCCAAACACCACGCAGAGUCGGGGGGUUUGUUGAGAGUUACAAUGCCCUGGAAGAGAUUGGCGAGAUCCCUUUCCACUAUGGCACUCACUAUUCAUCUGCCAUGAUUGUCUCGUCGUAUCUGAUCCGUCUCCCACCCUUUGUUCAAUCAUACAUCCUGCUACAAGGAGGAAGCUUCGAUCACGCUGACAGACUGUUCCAGUCCAUCCCAGAGGCAUGGAAAUCAGCUUCUUGCAACAACAAGGCUGAUGUUAGAGAGCUUAUCCCCGAGUUCUACUGCUUACCUGAGUUCCUCACCAACAUCAACGGCUACAACUUCGGUAACCGUGAAAGCAAUGGCGUCAAGGUUGAUCAUGUUGAGCUUCCUCCUUGGGCCAAGGGUGAUCCCAGGAUAUUCAUCGCCAAGCAUCGCGAGGCGCUUGAAAGCCCAUAUGUGAGUGAAAGUCUACACCAGUGGAUUGAUCUCGUCUUUGGCUAUAAGCAGCGAGGCGAGGCCGCUGUAGAGAACCUCAAUGUGUUCCAUCAUCUCUCGUACCGCGGAGCGACAGAUCUGGACAGCAUCACGGAUGCAAAGGAAAGGGCUAUUCUUGCCGGCGUUAUUCACAAUUUUGGACAGACGCCGCAUCAGGUGUUCAUGAAAUCUCAUCCUGCUAGAGAACAUGUGCAGUGUCCCGUUCGACGACUGGACACCAGUGUGUUUUCCCUGGGCUGCCUGCCACAUCCCCUGCUCGAAAGCCAUGAGCGCGUAGCUUCCCUUAUGUAUGCUCCCAAGUUGGAUCGCUUACUAUGCGCUUCUCCAUUCCGCCUGAACUUCCCCCCUUACGACAAGUUUCUUGAAUGGGGAUACGCCGACAAUAGCAUCCGCUUCUUUUUCAGCGAUAAUCGAAAGGUAAUCCAAGAACGGAACUUUAAUUAUGGAAACGUCGCUAACUUCUGGAAGCCCGCCGGUUUGUUCGAGAACCUCCACAUUGGCCAGAUCUCAUGUGCCUGCUUUGCCGACUCCAAAACAUUAAUCACUGCUGGAGAGGAUUGCGUCAUCUCAGUUUAUGCUCUCCAAACUUCACCCGGGAAGCCGGUCGAGCUUCUACCAAGAUCUAGUCUAUUUGGACACAAGUCGCCUGUCACAACGAUGGCUGUCAGCAAGGCCUUUAGUACGCUCUUGACCGUGUCUGCAGACGGGCAAGCAUUCUUAUGGGAUCUUAACCGACUAUCGUUCAUCCGCAAGUUGCCGUUGGUACGGCCAGUUGAGUCUGCACGUAUCAACGACAUCUCGGGCGAGAUUCUUCUCUGUUCCGGACCCAAUGUGCUGCUAUACACUCUCAAUGGUACACUACUUCUGGAACAGAAUGUCUGCUUCGAACAAGAUGACUACAUCCAUUCAAGUGCCUUUUACGAAGGCGCUGGAAACGAGUGGCUUGAUAAUUACUUGAUCUUCACAGGCCACAAGCGCGGCAGGGUCAACGUGUGGCGACGAAGCAUCGUGGGUAGCCGAUGGACGCUGGAGCUCCUUCGAAAACUUGACCAUGUAGACUAUAAGAACGACAAGGGGGCCAACACGGAGGCAGGCAUGACAUGUAUUAGCCCAAUGCCAACUUGCGUCUAUACAGGCGAUGACGACGGCCGAGUUUACGAAUGGAAUUUGCUGAGCAGGGAUAGAUAG